AUGAUUGGAGCGGAUCCAAUUAUUGGCAAACGUCGUGUCUAUAAAAUUGUUCUUACUGGUGGUCCAUGCAGCGGGAAAACCACAGGACAAGAACGUCUUCGGACAUUUUUCGAAGAAAUUGGAUGGAAAGUAUAUACUGUACCGGAAACAGCCAGUAUAUUACUUGGUGGUGGUGUGAAAUUCGAGGAGUUAUCAAAGAGACAAAUCUACGACUUUCAGAAGGAUCUGUUAUUAACUUUGCUAAGAAUUGAAACGGUUUUCUUUAAUCAAGCCGCUGCAUCAAAUGCUGAACGUAUCUUGAUCAUAUGUGAUCGUGGAGCCAUGGAUCCGGCAGCAUACAUCGACAAGAAAUCUUGGAAUCAAAUAUUAAAUGAAACGAAUUUAGAUCAAUUUAGUUUACGAGAAGAUAGAUACGAUCAAGUUAUACAUUUGAUAACAGCAGCAGACGGUGCUGAAGAAUAUUAUACUUUGGCAAAUAAUGGUGUAAGAACAGAAACAGUUCAGGAAGCUAUAGAGCAAGAUCGACUUACCCGAGAUGUUUGGCUUGGACAUCCACGUGUUGAUGUAAUCGAGAAUGUCGGAUGCAAAUCAUUUGAUGACAAAAUACUAAAACUGACUGCUGCCAUAUGCAGUCGAUUGGGUCUUCCUAUUCAUGAUCGAUUAGCCUUCAAUAGCAAGAAAAGAAAGUGGCUUGUUGCAUCGUUUGAUGAAAAGCGUUUGCCACGUUGCGAGGUGUUUCUUGUGCGGCAUGCUUACUUAUGUACCGAGGACCAAAAUGUUCAGAUUCGGUUGCGUUCACGAAGUCAGUAUAGCCGUACAACAUAUACUAUAACAACUCGACGCUAUGAUGGGCCAGAGCCAGUAGAAACUUGCAUGCCGCUGAACUACCGAGAGUAUAUCAAUUAUACUAAAAUGGAAGAUCGUUCAAGAGCGCCAAUCAAUAAAGAACGGAGAUGUUUCAUGUACGGCAAACAGUGCUACCAUUUGGAUAAGUAUACUUCUCCAUUACCGCCAUCACGCGAGGGAAAACCAUUAAUGUUACUGGAGGCAUACACGACGGCUCCAGUCGGUGAUACUAACAAGCCAUUAUUACCUGAUUUUAUGACUAUUUUAAAAGAAGUAACAGAUGAUCCAGAAUACAGUAUGUAUACGAUUGCCAAUCGAAAUGCUAAGGUGAUCAAGAAAAACUAA